CAGUUAUUCAGCUCACCUGUGUGUCAGUGUUUAGUGUCAGGUGUGGAGUGGAAAUUCUUUGUAAUGAAGAAACUGGAGACGCUGCAGACAGAGUAACAGUCCAUCCUGGUCCUCCUGUUACUCACAACUUGUCGAGAGUCCUUCUGGAACACGUCUUCUUACUGAGGUGAAGGUAGAAAGUGUGUGUGAGCUGAUGUGGAUGUGAAUUCAGUAGCAUGGAUCAAUGUGAGGACAGAGAGGAGGGAGUCCGUCCCUCUAAAAGCGCCAGAGAGAGCCAGACCAAAGCUCAGAGGAACCAACCUGGACCUGAAGCUGACCCCAGUUCAGAUUCAGAUUCUAGCGAUUCAUCUCAUAACAGCUCUAAAGAUCUUCCCUUUGAUUUUAAAGUCCAGCAGGCUUCUACUGCAGAGUGGAAACAACGAGGAACUAAAUGUAAAGAUGAACCUGAACCUGAACCCAGCUGUGUGUCCUUAAAGAGUGACACGUCUAAAAAUUACUUCAUUCAUUUUAAAGGACAACAACCUUCUGCUAAAAAGAGAGUGGACCAGAAGAGCUCAGAGUUUCCCAGUGUUCAGUCUGCUCAACAAGAUCAAACACAUCAGGACUCCACAUUAAUGCUGCUGGAGAACACUAUGAUCACUUUUGUGAAGAGUGAGGUAAAUAAGAUCCAGAAGCUUCUAUAUCCAUGUAAACAAGAAUUCUUAGAUAGUGAGAAGGAGGAUAAGGAGUUGGAGGGUGAGGAUGAAGCACAGAUGAAGGAAAACACAGAGGCUUUUCUAAAGAUCAUGCUGAAUCUACUGAGGAAAAAUAACCAGGAGGAGUUGGCUGCGUAUCUACAGAGCAAAUUCCCAAUCAUUUGUCAACAAAAAGUUAAAUCUACUCUGAGGAGGAAGUUCCAGUGUGUGUUUGAGGGGAUUGCUAAAGAAGGAAAUCCAACCCUUCUGAAUCAGAUCUACACAGAGCUCUACAUCACAGAGGGAGGGACUGCAGAGGUCAAUGAUGAACAUGAGGUCAGACAGAUUGAAAAAGCAUCCAGGAGAUCAGAAGGGGAAGAUAAAACAAUUAGACGAGAAGAGAUCUUUAAAGUCUCACCUGGAAGAGGUAAACCAAUCAGAACAGUGCUGACAAAGGGAGUGGCUGGCAUUGGGAAAACAAUGCUAAUGCAGAAGUUCAGUUUGGACUGGGCUGAAGACAAAGCCAACCAGGACACCCAGUUCAUAUUUCCAUUCACUUUCAGAGAGCUUAAUGUGCUAAAUAAGGAAAAGUUCAGUUUGGUGGAUCUUGUUCAUCACUUCUUUACUGAAACCAAACAAGCAGGAAUCUCCAGCUUUGAAGACUUCCAGGUUGUGUUCAUCUUUGAUGGUCUGGAUGAGUGUCGAAUUCCUCUGGACUUCCACAAAACUACAAUCCUAACUGACCCUAGAAAGUCCACCUCUGUGGAUGUGCUGCUGAUAAAUCUCAUCAGGGGUAACCUGCUUCCCUCUGCUUCCCUCUGGAUAACCACACGACCUGCAGCAGCUAAUCAGAUCCCUCCUGACUGUGUUGACAUGGUGACAGAGAUCAGGGGGUUCACUGACCGACAGAAGGAGGAGUAUUUCAGAAAGAGAUUCCAGCAUAAGCAAGAUAAGAUAAGCAAAAUAAUCUCCCACAUUAGAACCUCACGAAGCCUCCACAUCAUGUGUCACAUCCCAGUCUUCUGCUGGAUCACUGCUACAGUUCUGGAGGAUGUGCUGAAAACCAAAGAGGUAGGAGAGCUGCCCAGUACUCUGACCGAGAUGUACAUCCACUUCCUGGUGGUUCAGGCCAAAGUGAGGAAGGUCAAGUAUGAUGGAGGAGCUGAGACAGAUCCAGCCUGGAGUCCAGAGAGCAGGAAGAUGAUUGAGUCUCUGAGAAAACUGGCAUUUGAUCAGCUGCAGAAAGGAAACCUGAUCUUCUAUGAAUCAGACCUGAAAGAGUGUGGCAUCGAUAUCACAGCAGCCUCAGUGUACUCAGGAGUGUUCACACAGAUCUUUAAAGAGGAGAGAGGACUGUACCAGGACAAGGUGUUCUGCUUUGUUCAUCUAAGUGUUCAAGAGUUUCUGGCUGCUCUUCACGUCCAUCUGACCUUCAUCAACUCUGGAGUCAAUCUGCUGGAAGAGCAACAAAAAACAUCCCAUCAAUCUGAAACAGAUAAACAUUUCUACGAGACUGCUGUGGACAAAGCCUUACAGAGUCCAAAUGGACACUUGGACUUGUUUCUUCGUUUCUUCCUGGGUCUUUCACUUCAGGCCAGUCAGACUCUCCUACAUGGCUUGCUGACGCAGACAGGAAGUAGCUCACAGACCAAUCAGGACACAGUUCAGUACAUCAAGAAGAAGCUCAGUGAGAAUCUGUCCGCAGAGAAAAGCAUCAAUCUGUUCCACUGUCUCAAUGAACUGGAUGAUCGUUCUCUAGUGGAGGAGAUCCAACAGUCUCUGAGUUCAGGAAGUCUUUCCACAGAUAAACUGUCUCCUGCUCAGUGGUCAGCUCUGGUUUUCAUCUUACUGUCAUCAGAAAAGGAUCUGGACGUGUUUGACCUGAAGAAAUACUCUGCUUCAGAGGAGACUCUUCUGAGACUGCUACCUGUGGUCAAAGCCUCCAACAAAGCUCUGUAA